AUGCAUUGUAGGAUCAGUGCAUUUAGAGCCGGUGUAAAAAAUCAUUCAAUAAGAGUUGGCGAAAAUGCAAAAUUCAGCUACGGUGAAAAAGGUGUUAAAGUAUUGGGACAACCAACAAUUUUAUUUGUUCAUGGUUUAUCAUCAAAUAAAGAAACAUUUUUACCCAUAAUAAAGGACAUACCAGAUAUUUAUCAUGUUGUUACCGUUGAUUUACCUGGACAUGGUUCGACAGUAGGUUUGAAUGAAGAUUUUUAUACAUGUAAUAAAUUUGCUGAUUCUCUGAAAAAAUUCAUCGAUGCGCUUGGCCUUGUUGAUAGAAAAAAUCCGAAUAUAUGUCUUAUUGGUGCGUCUAUGGGAGGAUCAGUUGUUUUAAUGUUUAGCACAAAAUAUCCAGAAUAUGUAAAGAUGGUGAUGUUACUUGCACCACCAGCUGAUGAAUCAAGUGAAACAGAUUUGAUUCGUACAAUACGUGCUGGUGAUUAUGAUACAUUAUUACCUCAAACAUGCGAACAAUUUCAUAAUAUGGUUCGACUAUUAACAAUCAAGCGUAUUAAUUUACCACGACCAUUUUUAAAUGGAUUUCUUAAAUUGAGACGAAGACACCUUGAUGAACAUCGAAAAGAGUAUGACUAUCCACAAUUUGAAACAUAUCAUCAACAACUAAGAAGUGUUGAAUGCCCAGUGUUCAUUAUAUGGGGUCGAGAAGAUAAAUUAUUUACAUAUACCGGUGCCGAAUAUUUUCGUAAUUUGAUACCAAAUUCAGAAAUACGAAUUGUUGAUGAAUGUGGUCAUUUUAUGGCCAUUGAUCAACCAGAACUAUUAGCACAAAUAAUAACAGCAUUUUAUCAAAAACAUUUCAAAACUGUACCACCAUUGUCGUCUCGGCGACCAUUUACAGCUACUGCACCUGUGGUGAAAAAAUUCGAUAUUCCACGUAGAUCACUAUGCAAUGAUGACGAGGCUGAAGGCUACUAUUUUUAA